UAAAUACAAAGUUUACAACAUGACAACAUAUUCGUCUCGUAUUCUACGUUCCUGUAGUGGUAAUACUUAUGGAUACUAGUAAGUUCAAUUUUUUUAUUUCUGCAGAAUCAAACUCAAAUCGAAAGGAGAAACAGAGGGCAGGUCCAGAGGGAUUUUUUGGUAUCCAUGCCAUCUUGGGUCGCAAGAUUUACUAAAUUGCCUCUCCAAAGAAAAGCCCCAAUGGACCAACCAAUGCAAGUGAAAUUGCUGAAGAAUAAAGAAAGGAGAGUGGUUGAAAUGGAGGAACUAUUGAAGUAUCAAUCCAAGUCGCAGACCCAAAAAAUCAAAGCACAAAUGAUCGGAGUUUUUGAAGAGCUUAUGACAUUUCACGUUCAACAAAACAUCCACAAAAAUAAAGAGAGAAUGGAUGAAGUUCUUCAAGAGCUUAUGACAUUCCAUGAUGAACAGAAAAUGAUAAUUAACAGAAGACAAAUGCGUGGAGUUUUCGCAGAGCUAAAGACAUUUCAUGAACAACGAAAGGCUGAAAAGACCAAGAAGCAAAUGCGUACAGUUUUAACAGAGAUAAUGAUGUUUCAUUCUCAGCAAAAGAUAAAGACGUCGAAGAAACUGAUGGCUAGAGUUUUUGCAGAGCUAACGACCUUUCAUGCUCAGCAAAGGACUAUGCAGAUCAAGGAGAAAAUGCGUCAAGUUUGUGCAGAACUUAUGGCAAUUCACGCUCAACGGGAAACACAAACACAAAAGAUGAUGAAAAGGAUGCAGUUAGUGUUUGCCGAGCUACUGCAAACUAACUCUCAAAGGAAAAAGUUGAAACUGUUGGAGGAGGAGGCGUACGAGGAGUUCGUCCCGAGAAAGCUGUUCUUCUUCAACAUCAUCAGUUUCAAGCAAACCGAUGAUGACCAUCUACGCCAGGGCCCGAGUUAUCCAGACUUAUCUAGCCCCGUUGCAUUAUCUAAACUUGCACCACCCCAAGAAUCCCUCGAUGCCAAGGCCGCUGUUGUUGAUGAUGAAAAUUACGACGAGGAAAUGGACAAAAUGGAGACUCAUUCAAAGAAAAAGAAAAAGGGUGGACUGAGGAAAAGAGUGUUCAGAUUUUUUGGAUUGAAAUAGACAUUGAACACCACUGUGCAUUAGAUUUAUUGUGUUGUUAAAUUUCUAUAUUGCAUGUCGGCUACCUCUGUAGCUUGCUUUUAAUGUCAACUUUUAAAAUACCCAAUUUAAAGUGGAUGUGAUGUCGAAUGUAGUUAAUUAAACUUA